GUAAGCAAAUACAGCACCCUUGUAAAUAUAAAUAGAACCCAUUGUACCAGCUCUACGUAAUUGAGAAGAGAUAUAUAGUUUCUUCACUCUGUUUGUUUUCUGUUCAUGGUAUCAGAGCCUCCUCUGAUAUUUGAAGUUUUAGAGCUUUCUUCAAGCUUCCUUUCCUGAAAUUAAUGGCAGAAACUCAUGAUCAAAACAAUGAAAACACAAUUGUACAAUCAGAGACUUACAAAGUUUCUGCAUCUGAGAAUUCAGCUUCAAAUCUCAUCAAUAUUUCCUUGAAUGGCCGGAAUUUCUUAUCAUGGAGCAGAUCCAUGACCAUAGCCUUGAAGGCCAGGGACAAAUAUGAAUUUGUCACUGGUGAAGAACAGGAACCUGCAGCUGGAUCUCCAUUGAGAAAGAGAUGGCAGAGGAUCGACAAUCUGGUAACAUCUUGGAUCUUGAACUCUAUUUCUAAAGAUCUAGUUGAAGCAUUUUUGUAUUAUACCAGUUCCAAGGAACUUUGGAAUGAAUUAACUACCAGGUAUGGUGACUCUAAUGGACCUAUGAUUUACCAAAUAAGGAAAGAUAUUUCAAUAACUGUGCAAGGUAACCAAACAGUAGCAAAUUACUACACUAAAUUGAAAAAACUCUGGGAUGAGUUGGCUUGUUUAAGGCCCAUCCCCAAAUGCACAUGUGGAAUUGCAGAAAGGUGUACCUGUGGAGUUGUGAGAGCAGCCUCUGAUCUAGAUAGAGAGGAGAAACUUAUGCAAUUCCUCUUAGGACUGAAUGAUACAUAUGAUAAUGUUAAAAAUCAAAUUCUGCUUAUGGAUCCAUUUCCAAACAUGAGCAAGGCCUAUUCAAUGGUACUAAGUGUUGAAAAACAGAGGGAGGUGAAUACUGCGAUCUAUGACUCAAGUGAGAAUAGCAGUGCAAUGUAUGUGCAAAAAUCAAACUACAAUAGUAGAAAUACAAGUAAUAGCUCCAGAUUUAAAGCUGACAAGCACUGUGAUCACUGUAAUGGAACUGGCCACACUAGAGAGACUUGUUUUAAACUGACUGGUUAUCCAGACUGGUUUAUUGAACUCAAAAAGAAAAAGAAAGCUCAAGCACAUUUUGGACAAGCAGAAGAUGAACAAUCAAUUAUUAAAUCAGGAGACAAUGAGAAUGAUGUAUCCAGAAUGGUGAGAAUGGAGGUCCAGCGUGCAAUCAAGGGCAAGAUGCAGUAUGAUGAUAAGGCAGGGGAUACACCUGUAGCUAAUGCAGUCAGUUUUGCAGGAUUUGCAGACUGAUGAAGUAGUAGCCAUUGGCAAGUUGUUUGGAGGUUUAUAUUUCCUUGAUAAGAAGUGUUUUGUACCCAUUUCUACUACUAAAGCUUUACACACUUGUACCAAACAUGAUGAUCAUUUGAAACUAUUAUGGCACCUUAGAUUGGGUCAUAUUUCUAUGGCUAGACAAAAUCAUGUAAUAAAUUCAGAUACAAACAGUGGUUCUUUUGAAUGUAAUGUUUGCCCCCUU